AUGAGGAACCCACGACCUAAGAUAAGGAGAGCACAACCGUCCGAUGAAAUGGAAAAGGGGCCAUAUUACGACUCUGAUUUCGAAGAAAGUGAAUUAGAUUCAGAAUCAUAUAAUGAAUUAGAAAGGGCAUUUGUUGUCGAUGAAGAAAUGGUCAUUAGAGAAGAAGGUCAUUCUGAUAAUGAAAUUGAAGAUGACAAGGAUGAGGUUGAUCAAAAACCAACCAAAUAUAGUGUUCAUGACCCUUCUGUUCAUUGGAAGAAAAUGAAACCACAUUUAGGUGAAAAAUCAAACCCUGGUAGUACAGCAAAGGUUGGAGUUGAUAUCAAAGAAGAUGGUAGUAGUGUUUUUAAAAGAUUCUAUGUAUGUUUUAAGGCUAUAAAGGAUGGGUGGAUUAGGGGUUGCAGGAGAGUCAUUGGACUAGAUGGUUGUUUUCUAAAAGGGCAAUGCAAAGGGGAGUUACUCACUACAAUAGGUAGGGAUGGGAACAACCAGGGUAAAGCAAAGGCAUCCCAAUCUGUUAAAGAGAUACAUGAAGGUAGUAGCAAGGACUUUGAAGAUGAAGGGAUGCAAGAUGUUAUAUUGGUACAUGAUUUGAAGGGGGAUGCACAUGCUACAGAGUUGCUUGCAUCAGGAUACUCAGAGGAUGAGGUGUAUCAUGUACUAUAUGAACAAGAUUUAGAUGUUGAAGUUUUUGCUGAAGUUCCACCUAUUCUUGAAACUGUGCAUGAAGAAGUUCCAGAGGUUGAAGAAGUUCCAGAGGUUGAACAAGUUCCACAUGUGUCUCAAGUUGACAUGGUACCAGAAACAGAGGAUGAAGGCGUUGCUGAGACACUUAAGUUCCUUAUACCAUGGACUUACUUCACCGUCAUACCAUUCAAAGUAGCCACAGUCUUCAACUUCAUCGAGCCAUUACCUGCACCCAAAGUAUCUUCUUCCAGGAUUCUUCUCACUCGUUGA